AUGUACAUGAAGACCACAAACAAGACGGGAUUUAUGCCAAAUCAUAAGAGGUUAUGCAGGCCAACCCGCCUCCCUGAGAUUCCAGGUGACCUUAUAUCAGAGAUCCUCGUUCGCCUCCCGGUGAGAUCGCUCCUGCGGUUCAAGUCGAAGGGUCAAGACAGCGCGAGGCUCGUGUACACGCUGGACCUCCAACGAGACUCCGCUCCAGUGCAAGUCUACAUGCUUGGGCAUUGCAACGGACUCGUGCUAAUUCCCACGGACACCAAGAUGUACGUCCUCAACCCCUCCACCAGGGAGCUUCUCACGCUGCCCGAGAGCACCCGCGAAAUGCUCUCGCCAUCCUCCAUAUUCCGCUCCAUCGUCGGCCUUGGUCUCGAUCCGUCUACAAACAACUACAAGGUUGUCCGGUUCUUUUCCUAUCCAUCAGAUCUGUCCCGCAUGGGAAUGGAGAUAUGUACGAUCACUGAAACUGCCAGAGCCUGGAGGAGCCCCGUUGCAGAUCCACCGUACCCUAUUUCCGAUUACCAAACCGCUACAUUCUUCCAAGGCUCUCUUUUUUGGACCCUCGACGAGCUUAUUCUCAUGCCACCCCCGGAGUGCCGAUUGCUUCGCUUCUGCUUAAAAGACGAAGUAUUUAGCUUUGUUAUGCACCCUCCAUGCCCUGGUCUUGACGACGGCGAUGAAUUCACCUUAAAUGUGCUAGACGGUGAAUUGUGCCUAGCUCAGUUUGACUCUUCGCAGCGGAUGGUGAUGUGGAUGACAAAUGACGCCGUGAACCCACAGUGGGAUCGCCGAUACGUCCUUCAUAUUGAGCCCUCCCUCACCAUAGCAAUUUCACACCAUGGGUUGCUUUUGGUGGAUCGGCAUCGUGUCUUCCAGUAUGAUUUCCAAAGUCAGAAAACAGAGGAUGUGGCUCGCUUGGAUGGCCUAAAGUAUGAUGGACCUGGGUCAAGCACCAUAAAGUAUGUGCAUCGAUGCACUUGCUUUGUCGAUGUAGUUCCUUGCAUCGAGAGUCUCAUUGCCAUAGACAGUGCAGUGUGA